CAGAGUUGGGUGCAGUGGGGGGGAGGUUUCAAUUCAACAGUGAGUUGUCCGAUCAGAGAUGGACUCACAUGGAGAAGAAGACCUUGGGCGUACAGCUGAGGCCUUGUGUUUGGAGGUCAGGCCUCUGCAGAGGGCCAAACUCAGAGUCAGACUAACCCACAGGAAGACGUUUAGUCUGGACUAUACAAACGCUCAUCAGGAGGUUCAUUAUCGGGGGCGAAACUCCCCACAAGGACAUAUGCUGAGGUCCACUGCAAGCCAGCAGGCCUCCACUUCCCAAUGCCACAGGACAAGCUCUCCUCCCUAUAGCAGGGCUGUGAUGCUUUCGAGGAGGUCUGAUCUAGAACCUGUGAGGUCGGAUAUUAUUAGAGGCUCACGCAUCUCUCGUGAGGAUCAGGAAGCAGGCGGCUCCUUCAGCCGCAGAGCUCCUCUGAUGUCUCUCAGCAGCUCUGAGGAGGAACAGGAGGCUGGAGAACAGGCUGGCAGAGCUCCAGCAGGGCUCAGCGUGGCUUCAUCCCUGCUUACACCCACUCCCACUGGGGAACGCAGACUGGGUAAGAGAGAGAGAAAACGACUGAAGAGCCUGAGGAGGAGACAGAGGAGGAGAGAGCGCUGCAGACAGAGCCAGCAGCAGGAGAAUGUGCAGAGCUCUACAGGGAACCCAUCUAGCAGCAGUGAGGAUGAGGAGCUGCCAGGCCGAGAUCGUGAAGGCUAUAUCUGUGCUGUUUGUCUGGAUGUCUACUUCAGUCCAUACAUGUGCCAUCCCUGCAGCCACGUCUUCUGCGAGCCUUGCCUGCGGACGUUGGCCAAAAACUGCCCCACCAACACACCCUGUCCAUUGUGCAGAACCACCAUAACACAUGUUUUCUUCCAGAAAGAACUGAACCAUGCAGCCCGUACAUUCUUCCCAAAGGAAUACCUGUCUCGGAAGCAGAAUUUCCAGAAAGCGGCCUGUGCAAAAUGGCCUCUCCCGAGCUGCCGUAAACUGUUUCGAAUUUUUGGAGGCUUUCAAAGGCCAAUCGGCAGACGCCAGUUCCCUCACGGGGGCUACCGGCUUGAUGCCUUUAACUUUGAGGAUGAUUCGCAUGGCUGGCGAUUUGACAUGGACAUGGUGAUCAUCUAUAUAUACUCCGUCAACUGGGUCAUUGGCUUCAUUAUCUUCUGCUUCUUCUGCUAUUUCUUCUUCCUCUCUUUUUAAAAGAGAAGGCACAAGAAAGCUGUCUGCUGUGUUUCAGAUCUUUCAGGACAAUACAACUCGCUGCAGCUGUUUGUGGACAAUGUGUAGGAAACACCAACCAAUCACAGAGGGAGAUCAAUUCUUGUAGAGUGUGAUGAUCUGUUUACUGUAAAGAUUAAUCUUUUUGAGUUUGUGGUUUGCCUAAUAUCUGUUUGCUUUUAAACAGAAUUUUGGCCGACUGCAUGGAGAAGAUUUGCAUGGAUAAUCACACAAGUGGACUAUUCAUUUCACUACAAGUUGCAUUCAUAUGCUGUACACUACCAGUCAAAAGUUUUUGAACAGUAAGAUUUUGAAUGUUUUUUUAAAGAAGUCUCUUCUGCU